AUGUGCUUAGAGCUUGUUGCAGAAUUCGACCCAUUUUUAGCUAGUCAUAUAAAAAAGUAUGGAAAUAAAGGAAAAGGAAGUACGUCAUACUUGUCACUUAAUACUUUUGAAGAGUUUGUUAACCUUAUGGGACAAAAAUUACGUGAAACAAUAAUUAAAGAAAUUAAAAAAGCUAAAUAUUUCUCAAUUGUUGUGGAUUCGACACCAGACGUAUCUCAUACAGAUCAACUUUCCUUUAUUUUUCGAUAUGUUAUUCACAACGGUGAACCAGUAGAGCGAUUUUUACAUUUUCUUCCGAAUACUGGACAUAAAUCUGAAGACUUAGCUAAAGUAGUAUUUAACGUUCUUGAAUCGAAUAAUUUGGAUAUUCAAAAUUGCCGAGGCCAGUCUUAUGACAACGCGUCCAAUAUGUCUGGGAAAUAUACAGGCCUUCAAGCUCGAAUGAAACAAGUUUGCCCUCAUGCUGUAUAUGUUCCAUGUUCAGCACAUUCUUUAAACUUGGUUGGAGAAUGUGCUGCUAAUUGUUGUUUUUUGGCUGAAGACUUUUUUAAUUUAAUUCAAAAUCUAUAUGUGUUUUUUUCUUCAUCUACAUAUCGAUGGCAAAUUUUAUCAAAGCAGUUACAGGGCAAUGUAACUAUAAAAAUGCUAUCGGGUACACGUUGGUCAGCACGUCAUGAUGCAUGUUUUAGCCUUUCUUAUAACUGGAAAGAAAUAAUCAAAGCACUAGAAGAAUUUGAAAAUGAUAAAUUGGAAAAACCACAAACAAGAUGCAAAGCCAGGGGUUUGUUAAGAAAACUACAAAGUCUGGAAAUGGGAAUAAUGGUCUCCGUUUGGAGCGAUGUACUUGAACGAUUUAAUGUAACUAGUAAGAAACUUCAAGAAGUAAAAAUUGAUUUGAAAACUGUUUUAUCGUUAUAUAACUCCUUAAUCAAGUACUCAGAAGAAUUAAGAAAUAAUUUUGAUUUGUAUGAGAAAAAAGGAUUUGAAAAAUGUGGAAUUAAAGAGUAUAAAGACAUAUCGAGUAGAAAAAAAAAAAAGAAAAUUGGCUUUUGGAGAAACUCGAGACGCUGA